GAAAAAAAAUCCAUCUUCUCCUUCCUUUUAACAAUUGUCUUCAGAAAAUUUCAAAAAAUACACUCUAUAAAUAUUAUAAAGUGAAUGACAUCAAAUCUGAACUUUCUUUUCCGAGUUGAAAAGCAAUGGCUGCUCCGGCCAUAGAAGGAGCAGCAGUAACGGCACUGCGGUCAGUCAUGGUCCGAGUCCGUCAAGCUGCAGAGCGUGCCGGAAGACGACCCGAAUCCGUAAGAAUCGUGGCUGUAUCCAAAACCAAACCCGUGUCCCUUAUUCGCCACGUGUACGACGCUGGUCACCGUUGCUUUGGCGAAAAUUACGUUCAAGAAGUUGUAGAUAAAGCUCCACAGCUGCCAGAGGAUAUAGAGUGGCAUUUCAUUGGGCAUUUGCAGAGCAAUAAAGUUAAAACUUUAUUAGCUGGAGUCCCAAAUCUAGCUAUGGUUCAGGGUGUAGAUAAUGAGAAGGUAGCUAAUGUUCUUGACAGAGUAGUGUCUACCCUUGGAAGAAACCCUUUGAAGGUCUUUGUCCAAGUGAAUACUAGUGGAGAAGCAUCAAAAUCUGGUAUCGAGCCUUCAAGUUGUGUAGCCCUUGCAGAACAUGUUAAACUGCGAUGCCCGAAUUUGGUACUUUCUGGCUUAAUGACAAUAGGGAUGCCAGACUAUACAUCAACUCCAGAGAACUUUAGGAAACUAUCGAAUUGCAGACUUGAGGUUUGCAAGGCACUUGGGAUGGCAGAGGACCACUGUGAGCUAUCAAUGGGCAUGUCUGGCGAUUUUGAGCAAGCGAUUGAAAUGGGCAGCACCAAUGUGAGAGUUGGAUCAACCAUAUUCGGACCAAGGGAGUACCCGAAGAAGCAAUCCAACUGAAACAGGUUCUUGUUGUACUAUAAAGUCGACUGCAAAUUCAAAUUGUAACAUUAAACAUUAAUAUACAUGAUAAAACCGGCAUCUCUUAUAUUCA